UUACAGGCUAUAGUUUAUUUUUUAAACCGUUUGUUCUUUGAAUGUGGAGUUGUUCCGUCACCAACAUUAACGGGGGAAACAAACCGAAGCAAAGAAAAUCAAACUCCUUUUCUUUUUUUUUUUCUCUCAUAAUUUUCUCUUAAUCCAAACAGCUAAAUUAACUGAUCUGUAAACUCAAGACAGAUUAGUUAAAAAAAUGAGUGUGAUCGAUAUAUUGACAAGAGUAGAUGUGAUCUGCAAGAAGUACGACAAAUACGACGUCGAAAAGCAGCGAGACCAAAAUGUCUCCGGGGACGAUGCCUUCGCUCGUUUAUACGCCGUCGUCGAAGCCGACAUUGAAUCCGCUCUUCAGAAAGCGGAGCUUGCUUCCAAGGAGAAAAGUAAAGCAUCUGCUGUUGCAGUGAAUGCUGAGAUUCGUAGAACCAAGGCUCGAUUGCUUGAGGAAGUCCCUAAGUUGCAGAGAUUGGCUGUUAAGAAGGUUAAAGGGAUUUCAACUGAAGAGAUGGCUGCUCGUAAUGAACUGGUCCUUGCAUUGCCGGACAAGAUUCAAGCUAUACCUGAUGGAACUGCUGCUCCUAAACAAGCUGGAGGCUGGAUGUCUUCAACACCUUCAGCUGCUGAAAUUAAGUUUGAUUCAGAUGGAAGAUUUGAUAAUGAAUACUUUCAAGAAUCUGAGCAGUCAAGUCAAUUCAGGCAGGAGUAUGAAAUGCGAAGAAUGAAGCAGGACCAAGGUUUGGAUAUGAUUUCAGAAGGUUUGGAUACUUUAAAGAACAUGGCUCAUGAUAUAAAUGAGGAAUUGGAUAGGCAAGUUCCCUUGAUGGAUGAAAUUGACACGAAGGUUGACAAGGCUGCUGCUGACCUUAAGAAUACCAAUGUUAGACUCAAAGCUACUGUCACCCAGUUGAGGUCCAGCCGAAAUUUCUGUAUUGAUAUCGUCUUGUUGUGCAUAGUUCUGGGAAUUGCUGCCUAUUUAUACAAUGUUCUGAAGAAGUGAAGCGAUAAAAGGAUGAGUUGAUGUGUUUCCCUUGUAGGCUCUCAGCUUUUCCUGCAUUGUCUUUCAACUGGAGGACGUGCUCUCGUGCUUGAUCCUGUAUGUGAUUUGUUUCUUUUGUGGAAGUCAUUGUUCACACUGGUAAAAUGUGAGUUUGUCUUUCUAUACAAAUUGAGGACAAACGAAAAUGUUUGUAUAUCAAGUUACUAGAGAUUUGAUCACAUUAGGUUAAGGUUAUACUUCUGCUUUCAUUGCCCUUCUUCACAGUACAUUUGUCAAAUAUCUUUCAUUACAGUUUUGCCACAUAUGCAGACAAUUUAAGGAUGUGAUAUUCAAAUCUCACACUGGUUAAAGAUACAAGUUGUGAUUUGCAGACAGAUCAAAGACGACUGCUUUGAACCCUCUGUAGUCUGUCCCUUGGAAACUAAUU